GCCUCUCCAUACCAACGACUAGACCGGCUCUCUAUAUCCAGUUCGACUUAUCCCGUUCGAAUCACCUCACCAACUCUGCUACCGACACUGUUCAGCAUGGUCGCCUCUAUCGUUUCCAAGUUGGUGCUUGUCGCACUACCCCUCAUCUCCGUCGCCACAGCGGCACCUGUAGCUGACAUCACCAUUGUUCCCGUCGCAAAUGCCACCGUCGCUCCUCUUUCGGAAGAUGCAUUCGAGGAAGCGACCGUUCUCAACCCAAACGCAACCAUCCCCAACGCAAAUGCUACACAGUGGGCGCCGCUUUCUGAUGCCGACUACGACUCUGAGUACGAUGUAUACGAUGACGACACCUUCACAAAGCCCGAUACCCGCAGUGGCAUCGCGAAACUGUUCAGCCGUGGUCCGUCGGCGUUUUGGGGGAAAAAGAACACGGGCAUCGGUUCUUGGUUCAGAGCGAACCACGGGAACGACGACACCAACGGAAAAAGCUGGUGUGGAUAUCCAUACAAUGACUGGACCCCUGGGUUUGCACCGGACAUCUCGCAAAUGACCGAGUGGACCAACGCGAAAUACAAGUGGAAUAACCCUGGGCAAAACAAGAAAUGGGUACAGUACGCCACAGCGUACUGUGGCCUGGAAGCUGAGGUGACCAAUCCACAGAACGGCAAAAAGAUGAAGCUCUUCAUCACGGACGCAUUCGACCACGCAUGGGUCAGGUCUCCCGGCUCCAUCGACAUCCACGUCAAGCGAUGGGAGCAGCUUACCAACAACUACUCCCGAGACAAGAACAAGGUCAUCAAGGGUGUCACAUGGACACUCACUGGUCGUCGUAGCGGUCGUUACAAGUUCCAGGGCACCGGCAACUAGAUCUGUCUGAUUCACGGCGUAGUUCGCCUUGCGUAUUGCAUUGCGGCAUCACCGCAAGUAGCCUCGCAAAACUCCCGCUGGCGGGAUUGUGAUGUCCCUCUAGUUUUGUCUGCAUCCCAUAUUUCCUUCGUACAUAUCCACGUUCUGCGCUGCAUUAUACCUAGAUAAUGAAGACCUGUAUAUGAUUAGAGAACUCCUCUUCUUG